AUGGGAAAGACUGCAGGAAAAGUAAAUUUGGAUGAUCGUAACAAUCCAGAUAUUGAGGGAUAUUUGGUCAAAGAGGGAGGAAGCGUCAAAUCGAAAAAGAAAAGAUGGUUCUUAUUGAAAGGAAAGAAAGUUUUCUAUUUCAAAUAUAAAGGAGAUCUAUUUUGUAAAGGUUUCUUUGAAUUGGACGAAAAGUCAGAGGUUAAAUUGGUUCACGCUAAAGAGUUUCAUAUUAUUACAUCAAAGAGAACAUACCCAUGUGUAUCGGACACAAAGGAGGAAGCCACUCUUUGGGUUGAAGCAGUCCAAAAGAAUUUAAAUAUAUUGAAGGGUCUGCCAGCCGUCCAGAUUGUUCAAUCGAUAAGCCAAUUAAAUCUCUCUGGUAUACAACAACCAAAUCCAAAUAUUCCACCCGCUCAACUUCAAAAACAAUCCUCACAAUCCAAUAUAACAACACCAACACCAAUUGUACCCAUUCAACCAAUUCAGCCGAUUCAACCAAUAACUCAACCAGUUGUCGUUCAACCAACACCAGUUGUCGCUCAACCAACACCUAUUGUUGCAAAUACUGCACAAUCCUCACCACCCAAAUCAGCUACACCACCUCCCCAAACAAGACCAACAAGCGCAACCAUCGGAGGUGGACCAAUCCCAACCAAUAUUAAUUUAAAUCAAGCACCUGCUCAAGGAACUCGUCCAUCAAGUGGUACCAUCAGCGGUCCACCACAAUUCAUUCCACCAAGACCAACUACCGGUCCAAUGGCUCCACAAAAUAUAGCUGCACGUCCAGUCGCCGUUGGUCAACCCCAGACUACCGGUGGUCCACCAAGAAAACUACCAGCUGUAAAUCAAGGUUCUCAAUUAAAUUUGAAACCCGCAGCUGUAUCAGCACCCGCUACACAACCAACCGAGAAUGGCUCAGGUGCUCCACCACCACAAUACCCACCACCACAACCAGGUGCAUCUAAACCACUCCCACAACCAAAUCCACAACAACUACCUGGACAACCACUAAAGGGACAAGGACCAAUUGCCAAACCAGCUGCUGCCCCUCUAGUACAAACUGCACCUGCUCAAACUUCUCCAAUUCAAUCUGCACCUGUUCAAGCCGCUCCACCUGCUCAACCAACUGGUCAACAACAACAACAACCACCAUUCAAUCCAAACGAUCCAAAUCAACAACAAGGAUUUUACUACCCACCACAACAAUUUAUGGGAUAUCCACCACAAGGAUACUAUUACCCAUAUGGAUAUCCAGGAUAUCCACCAAUGCAACCUGGACAACAACCACCAGCACCCAACGCCGAUCCAAAUAAUCCUCAAGCACAACAAGCACCUGGACAACCACCAUUUACAGGAUAUCCACCAAUGCAACCUGGACAACAACCAUUCCCAUAUCCACCACAACAAGCACCUGGACAACCACAACAACCUGGUACAGCAGGUCAACCACAACCCUAUCCAUACCCACCAAUGCAACCAGGUCAACCAUAUCCAUACCAAUACCCACCAAUGCAACCAGGUCAACCACCCUAUCCAUAUCCAGCUCCAGGACAACAGCCAACGCCAUAUCAAUAUCCAUAUCCACAACAACCCGCUGCCUCAGCUGCUCCUACAAACGCCCCACAACCAAUAAAAUAA